AUGUCAUCUUGUUCGACGUCGUCUCUAGCUCUCGACUCUCAAUCCGCCGUCGAAAGGACGCCACCCGAAAUUAUCGACUAUAUCUUCGCGCUCGGUUCAUCCAACAUUUGUUUUGGCUCGUCAAUCCCAUUUCCUCUCCUCGUCUCUCACGUCUGCGGUAGAUGGCGCGAUAUAGCCCUCUCCAGCUCUCACCUCUGGAGUACUGUUGCAUGCACACAAUCUGCACCCCGCUUCCCAAUCCUUAAACUCCUCUUAAAACGUUCACGGAACCAUCCUCUCGACCUUCACUUCGAUUUCAACUUUCCAAAGGGUUAUGUCGAAACGUAUCCACACCUCCUUCCUCACAAUUCACACUCGAAACAUCCCUUCAGCGACUCUGAAUACGAAUCCACAUCCUACCUCACCGAUUCUGACAAAAUCAGCAAACGUCUAUCCCUUCUCACCACAUCACACAAUCCUCGAAUUCGAUCUUUCUCUGUUUCCUCGACCAACUACACCUACAUCUCCCUCUCAAUUCGCUCCUUUCCUCGUGGCCCCAAUCCGCACCUCAGCAGCUUCGAAGUGUCAUACGUCCCGGGGCACGAAGAGAUCUCGCGCCGAGGAACCCUCAACUUCCCUCUAAACCGCGAUGGUGUGGCGUCGAGUUUGAAGAGGCUAAAAUUGAGGAGUGUAGAUUUGAACUGGGCAUCGACGUCGAAGCGUCUCGCGGGGUUGAAGAGCCUGGAGCUAGGAGACCACAUGAGUGGGACUUGGAGGUCCUACGGUCGACUCCAGACCAUCCUAGCAUCUACACCUUCACUCGAAACGUUCAUUCUCGAUAACCCUGGUUCUCUCAGCAUGAUCGAAGAGUGGCCCAAAGACGUCGUCGUCGAACUCCCAUGUUUGAGGCGAAUGGUGCUAGCGAAACAGAGGGCGGAGGUGGCGGUGGCGAUUUUGAGUAGGUUGAGGUUACCAGCAGUGAAGUGGUUGGAGAUCAACUUGUCGAAUAGGACAAGUAUGGCGAGAGAGAGGCGAGGUGUUGGUAUGCAUGACGAGAUCAUUAGACUGCUGGUUCCACUGGUGAAGAGGGUAGAGGUUGUGAGGAUGUGCGAGGUUCAUCCCCACGAGAGGGUCGCGCGCGCACUUCUCGCUGGAAUGUCGAGCCUUCGUGUUUUGAUACUGGACUCCGAUCGCGACGCAUGCAAUAGGGGAUUACACCCUUGCGCGCUAUCUCCCGUUAUCGACUUUCUCUCGCACUCUACACUCUCCCAUUCGUCACACUCUCCCCUGUUCGUCCCCCAUCUCUCCCAUCUCGUUCUUCCGUCCUACGGCAUUGAUCAGAAGCAGGAUUAUCUCGCCCCUGUGAUAGAAUGUCGCCCAAAUUCAUUCGAUAUAUAUGCACCCACGGAGACUGAUAUGCUCGACACGGAGAGCAUAUUGUCUAAAAUAGGCUAUAAAUGUGGGGUGGUUGACGAACAAUAG